AUGUGGAAUGUAUUUAACUUUACUAAUUUCGAUGAUAAAUAUAAAAAUACAAAAAAUGAAAAAGAAAUAUUUACUCACGAAGAUUUAAGGUAUUACUUUGAAAAGUUAGUAAACAUAAAUUUAAAUAAUGUGAAUACAAAUAAUUUUACCGAACUUUUAAGAAGAAUAACCCAAAUAACAAUAUGGGGAGACAAACAUGAUGAUCAAAUUUUUCAGUACUUUUGCGAAGACAACAUUUUCAGCCACUUUAUUUAUCUACUCCGUCAAGACAUAAAUAAAACAGUAAGGAUUCAAGUCUAUCAGUCUUUAACACUUUUGAUUCAAAACCUACAAAAGGAUAUAUCUCUAUAUUACAUAUUUAGUAAUAACAAAAUUAACAACCUAAUAUAUACAACUUUUAUACAUCAAGAUGAAGAAAUAAUUCCCUAUUACAUCUCCAUGAUGAAAUCAAUAUCUUUCUUCUUAAACUAUCAUACUUCGAAGUUUUUCUUUAAUGAAAAAAACAAAAAGUUUCCACUGUACACCGAGUCACUGAGACUGUACAAGUUCAACGACAUAAUUACGAGAACCUACGUGAAAAACAUUAUCUUGAAUAUUUUCAAAAUCGAAGAUGAGGGAAUAGAAAAUUUGAUUUUGCUAAGGUCCUCCUUUUUUGCAGUUUUGGUUUGCUACUUACGAACCCAUUUAAUAAAAAUUAAUAAAAUAUAUUCAAAAACAAAAGAAUCAGAAAAAUUAAAUAAAUUGUUUAAUACCUAUUUAGAUGAAAUUGAUGAUGUCUUAUAUUUUUUUGAAGAUAUGCUAAAUUGUAAUAAACAAAAAAUUAAUGACAUGCUAAUAUUAAAAUUAAUUAUUUAUUUUUAUCUUCCAAUAAUUGGGUCAUUCCAUAGUUCUAUUUAUUGUGAUUUAAUAAACAAUGAAAAUGAUAAUGACAAUUUUCAAUUUUCAAUUUCUAAUGACUAUGAUCAAAAUAUAAACCAAGAAAAUGACCAAUUUAAAACAACUAAAAAAAAUGAAAGUUUUGAUUAUUUAUAUUUUUCAAAAAAUAAUGAAAAUAUUAUUAAUAGUUCAGAAAAUUUUAAUCACAUCGAAACCAAACAAAGUGAUAAAAAUGUAGAUAUAAAAAACUUACCAUCUAUCCACGAUCAACAACAAAAAAUAAAUGAUUCAUCUAGUAAUCAAGUUAGUACCGAUGCAAAUUUGAAAGAAAACAAAAACGAUGAGAACCCAAAUCAAUCUAGUGAAAUUCAAGCAGAUGAAAUAAAAAGAGAGGAACUAGCAGAUAAUGAACAUGAAAAAAAUGAAAAUGUAGACGAUAAAAAUUUAAUAUGCCCUCCUAGUGAUAUUUCAAAUGUACCAUAUGAUGAGGGUAUACCAUUUUUAAAAUUUAUAGAUAGAGAAAAUAUAGAUAAAAAUAAAAAUUUAAAAAAUAAUAAAAAUUUCGAUUUUUUUAAAAACUUAUCAUCAUCUAACUUAUCAUCUGCAAAUUCAAGUACAUUUGCUAACGACCAAAACAGUAAAAAUUAUGAUAGCGUAUAUAAUGAGGAAAAUAUUUAUAUAGAUGAUUCUAAAAAUAAAGAAAAAAAAAAUGGAAAACUGAAUGAAACACAACAAAAUGAAGAUGAUCAAAAUGAUGAAAAUAAUUUAAUAGAUAGUAAACAAAAUAGUUUAAAAAAAAAAAAAGGAAAAAAGGGAAGUACUGCCUAUGACUUUUUAUAUUUUAAAGGAAAAAAUAAUUCCAAAAAAGAAAAAAAAGAGACAGAAAAAAAACAAGAUGAAAAUCAACAGUAUACAAAUUAUAUAAAAGAUAAUGAUUUAAAAAGUUCUUAUUUUCAAAGACGUAAAAAAAAAGUAUAUCUUCAAAUGGAUUCAAGUUAUGGUGUGUUACAUAAAAAAAGAAGUAAGACAUCUAAAUUAAAAGUUGAAGAAAAUCUUAAUAAAAAUAGUGAAAAAAAAAAGGAUAAUAGUUCCGAGAUAAAUAAAAAUGAAGGUAACGACCUUGAUCAAGACAAUUUCUCAGGUUGUUUUCCAUUUUCUUGGUGCUCUAAUGAAAUAAAUGAAUUAAAAAAAUUAUUAAAUAAUAAUACAAUGUUAGAUAAAAAUAGUGAACAAGAUAUAUGGGAUAUGUUACAUUUAAAUAUUCCAAUCUUAUCAAAAAAAAUAACCUUUGAUGCAAAUAUAAAUAAUGAUAUUUAUAAAUAUAUAUUCAAUUUUAGUUCCUAUACAAAUAAAGUAUUAGAAUAUUAUGACAAUAAUUUAAGUGUAACUAGUAUGUACUAUCAACUUUUCAAAUUAGGAUUAUGUUUACACCCAACUUGUUAUGUAAAUUCAUUUAAAAAUCUUACAGUAUUAUAUAAUUAUAUUAUUAAUACAAAUGUAUCAUUAUUUAUACUUAUUCGAUCCUUAAAUAUAUUAAAAAAUAAUAAAAUAAAUAAUAUUGUUUAUUCAUUAAUAUUUGGAGAACAUAUUCAUGUUAAUUUUUUACAUAAAAUAUUAGCAAAUGAAUUGAAAGAUCCGCCAUUUUAUAAUUAUUUCUUCGAUCCAUAUAAAAAAAAAAGUACUAUCCCACAAAUCAAAUCAAAUAAUGAUAUAGACUUUGAAAAUUUUUAUUCAAAAUCCAUCGAUGAUUUGAUACCCGAAUAUAAUACUGAGGAGGAACGCAUGUUUUCUAAUCUGAUAGACAAAUACUUUGGAAAUACAAAGGAAGAUUCUUUCAACCUUAAAAAGGGGGAGAACACAUCUGAAGAUGACAAAAACAAACAAAAAGAAGACGACGAUGGCCAAAAUAAGGAUAGCCAAAAUAAACAAAAGGAAGACGAAGGUGGGGAAAACAAAAAUGACAACAUGGACAAGUACAACGAGCUAAGCAACCCCAUAUUGCUAAAUUAUAUGCUUUUAACAAAUAUACAAAAAGAAAAAAAUAUUAAAAAAUCUGAACAUGCUAAUAUAAAAAAUAAAAUCUCAGACAUUUAUCUAUUAUUAAGUAUACAAUUUAUUUAUAAUUUUAUAGAAAAUUAUAAUUCCGAUUUAAAUAAUAUUAAUAUAUCAUUUUUUAAAAUUUCAAAACAUAAUUUCUUAUACGUAUUAUGGGAUGUUAUAAAUAUUCAUAUAAAUAAUGUAUAUUUAAGAAUAAUCACAUUAAAAUUGUUAACUAAUUUGACUUCAAUUUAUAUUGACAAAAUAACAGACAAGUCUGUUUGUACUGAGUUUUGCCUUCCUCUUUUAAAAUUAAUAAAUAAAAUUAAGAAAAAAUUAGCAAGCAAAAUUAAAAAAAUUACAGAAAAAAUGGAAUACAAAGCGUGCCAAAUUUUCUGGGAGGAGUGUAAAAUAUAUGAAAACUGUGAUCAAGAAAAAAUAACCAUUUCAAAGGACCCCAUACUGAUCAGCAUUAUAAAUAGCGCAAAUAACAAUGAUGAUAACUAUUUGUUCUACCCAGUUUCUCAAAUCGAAAUAUACAGAAGAAAUGUUCAUGCCUUGUUUGUUCUUGAUGGAUUAUCCAAAAAGCUAAGCAAAAUUGUCCCAAGUUCAGAAAGUGAAGAAACGAAUAUCAUGCCAUUUGAUUUUAGCUAUAACAUCAUAACGGCUUUAAUUGAUAUAAAAAACAAAAAUAUGAUUAAAUGCUACUUGAAAAAUAAUAAUAAAAUUUUCAACUGCUACUACAUUGAAGAUGAUACAAACUUUUUAUUAUGUGUCCCUUCAAAUAGUCAUGCGAAUCAAGGACUAAUAAUAUUUAGUUAUCCUCUCAUGUUAAUUGAUUUAUAUAUUGAUAAAAAUGAUAAUAAAAAAUUAAUAUUUUAUGUGUAUAGCUAUAAUAAUGAAGAAAAUAAUUACAUUGAAGACUCAGCUUUUUCGAAUUUUAAUAAUUCAGAAAAAAUGUUUCAUGAUAAUACCCUUGACAGUAAUUAUCAAAAUCCUAUUCGAAGUUACAGUUCAAACAAUGAUGACAAUUUAAUAGAUCCCAAUGUUAAGACAUAUAAAAAUGACUACAUUAUAAACAAAUAUACUACAUCAUAUAAAAAGAACAAAACAAUAACCAAUGUUAAAAAGGAAUGGUGCCAUAAAGAAUUAACUUUUAUGAAAAAUGUUUUGAAAUUAAACUUUCAUGACACUACAAGAUCACUAAUUGUAUAUAAGGAGCUAAAAUCCGCGAUACAAAAAAUCAAUGAUAUAUACAAGGAAAAGCUACAAAACCAUCUUAGUCGAUAUUAA